GGUGCGCAUUUGCUUGACGGCCCACCCCCCACCCUAUGCGCGGAAUAGGAAGUACCCUCUCCUUCCUCGGCGUCGUCACCCCGCAAACCUAGCGUGCUCCCCGCCGCCGACGACAGCGGCCCAGCUCUCCUCUCCGGCGACCGGCGGCGCACCUCGGCGUUCCUCUCCCCCACGUAUUCAACCGCGGCAGUCACUCAGCAAUCAGGCCACGCCUAGUUGACGAUACAAGAUGGCGCCACUUGCACGUAAGCACCGCAAGGCAUCACCUUCUCCUUCCCCCUCGGAGGCUUCUUCCAAUUCAGGCAGCGACUGUGAACUCCACCUUGAUGACCACUCCGACCCAGAGGACAGCUUCUUCUCCACAGGGAGCGCCGCCAAUGACGACGUCCAGGAUUCCUCCACCAGUGACGAGGAGGAGGAUGACGAUGAGGAGAGCCUCCAUGAUGAUGAGGAUGAUGAGGAGGAGAGCCUCCAUGAGGAGGAGGAUGAUGGUGAGAUGGGAGAGCUCGAGCAGCAGUAUUGCACCCUCCAGGCCAAUCAACAAAGCAUUCUUCAAACCCUGAAGCAACACAGGGAUGACGAUGUCUCAAGAGGCCAGGCAGUCAAAAACCAAAAGGCGCUAUGGGAUAAGACCCUGGAAAUGAGAUUCUUGCUGCAAAAGGCAUUCUCCACUUCAAACAAGCUUCCCAAGGAUCCAUCCAAGUCAAGGUUCUGCAGUCAUGAUCAGGAGAUAGAGCAAGCAUAUGUUGAUCUAUUGGACUCAUCGAAACAGACUCUCGGUUGCAUGCUGGACCUGCAGAAGGCUUUACUGGAGCAGAACCAGGCUGCAAAGGGUGCGAAUGAUACAUUGCCUGACUCGAAUGGAGAGAGUGAUGAGUGGUCGCAAGUACAGAAAUUGCAUACAAGGAUAACCCCAUUCAGAAAUACCGAGAUAGAUAAAUGGCAGAGGAAAACACAGGUCACAACUGGAGCUGCUGCACUGAAAGGAAAGUUGCACACAUUUAAUCAGAACAUAAGUGACCAAGUUGCUGGUUACAUGAGAGACCCAAGCAGGAUGAUUGACCGGAUGUACUUGCGGAAAUCUGAUGUCGGUGUAUUUGGGGAGACUGCAGCAGAGCCUGCUACUACCGUUGAGGGGAAGGAUGUGGAAGGUGAUCCUGAACUUAUUGAUGAUUCUGAAUUUUACCAUCAACUUCUCAAGGAGUUUCUCGAGUCAUGCGAUAAUGGAGCAUCUGAGUCUGCAUUUUAUGCUCUGAGGAAGAAGCAGAACAAGAAGAGAAAACUCGUCGAUCGCCGCGCUUCAAAGAGCAGAAAGAUAAGGUACAGCGUUCACGAGAAGAUUGCUAAUUUCAUGGCCCCGGUGCCUAUGACGGUUCCUCCAAUGGCUUCAAAAUUGUUCGAGAAUUUGUUUGGAAUGGGCAACCUGCAGAAGUCAGCCGUGGUCUGA